AUGAAGUUGAAGGUUGCAAUAAUCCAAAUAAAUUCACUCUUGGGCCAACCACAACAAAAUAUAAAAAAAGUGCAAUCGCUCUUAUCCAAUAUCAGCAACAAUAAUAGUAGGUUUGCAGACUUGGUUGUGUUUUCGGAACUAGCGCUCACUGGAUAUAACUUUUCCUCUUCAUUGCACAUCAAGCCGCAUUUAGAGUCAAUUACCAAUUAUGGAGUAUCGUUGAAUUUUGCCAAAAAUCUAAGUAUUGUUCAUCAGUGUUUCACGGUUAUUGGAUACCCCGAAAUUUUUAAUGGCAAAAUAUACAAUUCAGCUGCUCUUUUCAAUCGAAAUGGAGAGCUAAUACACAAUUAUAGGAAAACUUUUUUAUAUGAAACAGAUGAAGUUUGGGGAUGCAAUGAAAACCCGGUCAAGGGAUUCCCCGCUAUAGAUGUGGAUUUUUCCCGCUCAAAUGACAAAACCCCGAUGUUGGUUACUACAAAUUUCGGGAUAUGCAUGGACCUUAAUCCUUAUAAGUUCGAAGCGGAUUUUAAUGAAUUUGAGUUCAGUUGCUCAUGUUAUUCGAGCCGGUCAAGAUUGAUCAUAUGUCCCAUGGCUUGGCUUUCACCUAAAUCGCCUUCUACCAACACUGAACUAACCGAGGAGGAGAAGAUUGCAGAAUGUAAACAGAUUGAAUUGCCGUCCAAUGAACCGUGUCAGCUGACUAUCAAUUAUUGGAUAUUGAGAUUUUUCCCCUUUUUAACUCACAAGAAUAGUUUUAUGCCUAAAUGGUGGAAUAAACUGGAUAAAGUAACUGUUAUAUGUUGUAACAGAGUAGGCAAAGAAAAAGAUAUAGUAUAUGGCGGAAGUUCAUGUAUCUUACAGUUUUUAAAUAAUGGUAUAGAGAGAAGUGAUUUGCAAGUUGAGUAUGAGGGAAUAAGUCAACAAAAUCCUAGUGUUUUAUUGUUGGAUACUCUUUCACAAAGUGAAGAAGGUAUAAUUUUAAGAGAAAUAGAAUUAUAG